AUGGCGACGACUAGUUCGAUGUUCAUGUAUAGCUUGACAAUACAACCUCCGUCAUCUAUCACCUCCGCGGUCCUGGGACAAUUCUCCGGUACUAAAGAGCAGCAAAUUGUCACCGCUUCUGGGUCGAAGCUCACCAUCAACAGGCCCGAUGCCAAUCAAGGCAAAAUCGUGCCCCUCUUCACCCAGGAUUGCUUUGGCAUCAUUCGCGGUCUAGCAGCAUUCAGGCUAGCUGGCAGCAGUAAAGACUAUCUAAUCGUCACCUCCGACUCUGGGCGCAUAACGAUACUCGAGUACCUUCGCGAGCAAAACCGGUUCAAUCGUGUCCAUUUAGAGACCUACGGCAAAUCCGGUGUUCGCAGAGUCAUCCCUGGGCAGUACCUGGCUGCCGAUCCCAAGGGCAGGGCUUGCAUGAUUGCAUCGCUCGAGAAGAACAAGAUUGUAUACGUUCUCAACCGCAAUGCCCAGGCCGAGCUCACAAUUUCGUCGCCUCUAGAGGCCCAUAAGCCCCAGACACUUGUCUUUGACCUGAUCGCACAAGAUGUCGGAUAUGAGAACCCUAUCUUCGCAGCACUAGAGAUUGAUUACACCGAAUCUGACCAGGACUCGUCUGGUCAGGCAUACGAGGAUGUGGAGAAAAUGCUGGUUUUCUACGAGCUUGAUCUCGGUUUGAACCAUGUUGUGAGGAGGUGGUCUGAUCCGGUUGAUCGCAGCGCCACCAGGCUCUUUCAUGUGCCAGGAGGUGCCGACGGGCCAAGUGGUGUUCUCGUAUGCGGCGUCGACAAUAUCACCUACCGGAACUCUAACCAAGAUGCUUUUCGUGUACCGGUACCUCGAAGACGUGGCAUUCUGGAGAAUCCGGAUCGGAAGCGGCAGAUCACAGCUGGUGUCACGCACAAAAUGAAGGGAACUUUCUUUGUUCUGCUCCAGACUGAGGACGGUGAUCUUUUCAAGCUUACUCUUGACAUGGCCGAGGAUGAAAACGGCCAGCCGACAGGGGAAGUCAAGGCUUUGAAGAUCAAGUACUUUGACACGGUUCCUAUUGCCAACAGUCUACAUAUCUUGAAGAGUGGAUUUCUCUUUGUGGCCGCCGAAGGUGGCAACAACAUGUUCUACCAGUUCGAGAAACUCGGCGACGAUGAUGAAGAGACAGAAUUCUCCAGUGACGACUAUCCAUCAGAUCCACUGGAGACUUAUUCGCCCGCAUACUUCCAUCCUCGACCUCUCCUGAACUUGGCGCUGGUUCAGAGCAUUGAUGCAGCUAAUCCCCUAAUAGACGCCAAAGUUGCGAAUCUGCUGGAUGAAGAUGCUCCGCAGAUUUAUUCAGUAGGUGGCACUGGCGCAAGAAGCAGCUUCAAAACGCUCAAACAUGGUCUGUCAAUAUCGGAAAUCGUCGAAUCAGAACUGCCAGAUCGGCCAGAAGCAGUCUGGACAACAAAGGUGCGAAGAGACGACGAAUACGACGCAUACAUCGUGCUCUCGUUCAAGACUGGCACCCUUGUGCUCAGCAUUGGUGAGACUGUCGAGGAAGUCACCGACACCGGCUUUCUCUCGUCAGCCCCAACAUUAGCGGUGCAACAGCUGGGAGAAGACGCUUUGGUCCAAGUCCACCCCAAAGGUAUCCGGCAUAUCCGAGCAGACAAGCGCGUCAACGAGUGGCCCGCUCCGCAGCAUCGGUCAAUUGUCACUGCCAGCACAAAUGAACGGCAGGUUGUAGUCGCUCUGAGCUCCGGCGAGAUAGUGUACUUCGAACUGGACUCGGACGGCUCACUCGCGGAGUACGACGAACGCCGGGAAAUGACCGGAACCGUGACCUGUCUGAGUUUAGGAGAAGUGCCCGAAGGUAGGGUCAGGAGUUCCUUCUUGGCUGUUGGUUGUGAUGAUUCGACCGUGAGAAUCUUGAGCCUGGAUCCAGAUUCGACCCUCGAGAAUAAAUCGGUACAGGCUCUCACAUCAGCUCCAUCGGCCCUUUCAAUCAUGGCAAUGACAGAUUCUGUUUCUGGUGGCACGACGUUGUACCUCCACAUCGGUCUCUACUCUGGUGUCUACCUACGGACAGUACUCGAUGAAAUCACCGGCGAGCUAUCCGACACUCGAACUCGAUUCCUGGGAUUGAAGCCUGCCAAGCUGUUUCGCGUUACGGUUGCUGGUCAGGCUGCUGUUCUAGCAUUAAGCUCCCGACCAUGGCUGGGCUAUAGCGAUCCUCAGACCCUUGGUUUCAUGCUCACACCCCUCGACUAUGUUGGACUUCAAUAUGCUUGGACUUUUAGCAGCGAGCAAUGCAUUGAGGGCAUUGUGGGCAUUCAAGGUCAAAACCUAAGCAGGAUUUUCACCAUUGAAGAUCUGUCCAGAAACCUCUUGCAGGAGAAUAUUCCUCUUUCAUACACGCCUCGAAAGUUCGUCCGCCAUCCUGACCAUCCACUGUUCUACGUCAUUGAGGCCGACAAUAAUGUUCUGGCAUCAUCAACUCGAGCGAAGCUUAUUGCAGAUUCAAACGCUGUCAAUGGGGAAGCAACCCCACUUCCAGCAGAAGAUUUUGGCUAUCCUCGUGGGACGAACCACUGGGCAUCAUGCAUACAAAUCAUCGACCCCGUCACCACAAAAUCAGUUGUCUCCACCCUCGAGUUAGAGGACAAUGAAUGCGCUACCAGUCUUGCGGUCGCACCUUUUGCAGGUCAAGAUGAUGAAGCAUUCCUAGUCAUUGGCACAGCAAAAGACCUCGUUGCGAAUCCAAGAUCACACAACGGUGGCUUCUUACAUGUCUACCGUUUUCAUGAAGACGGAAAGGAGCUCGAGUUCAUCCAUAAGACCAAAGUCGAGCAGCCUCCAACAGCUCUACUCGCGUUUCAGGGUAGAUUAUUGGCAGGAGUCGGCGCGGAUCUGAGGAUUUACGACCUCGGAAUGAAGCAGAUGCUACGGAAGUGCCAGGUACAAGCCGGCACCAACAUCAUCGUAGGCCUGCAAACACAAGGCAGUCGCAUCAUCGUCAGCGACAUCCAAGAGAGCGUGACGUACUGCGUCUACAAAUAUCAGGAGAACAAGCUCAUACCGUUCGCAGACGACAUUAUUGCGCGGUGGACGACCUGUGCCACUAUGGUUGACUACGAAACCGUUGCAGGAGGUGACAAGUUCGGCAACCUGUGGCUUCUCAGGUGCCCCCCCAAAGCUUCAGAAGAGGCAGAUGAGGAAGGCUCUGGUGCUCAUCUACUUCACGAGCGACAGUAUCUGUCAGGAGCACCCAACAGACUAAACCUAGUAACGCACUUCUUCCCCGGCGAUAUUCCAACAAGCAUUCAUAAAACGAAUCUUGUGGCCGGCGGUCGGGAUGUCGUGUUCUGGACUGGUCUUCAAGGCACGCUCGGCAUGCUUGUGCCCUUUGUCGGUCGUGAGGACGUUGAUUUCUUCCAAAGCUUGGAGAUGCAACUGGCGUCCAACAACGGCAAUCCACCGCUACUUGGGAGAGACCAUCUGAUGUAUCGAUCCUAUUACGCACCAAGUAAAGGUACCAUUGACGGUGACCUGUGCGAGACAUUCUUCCUUCUGCCAAACGACAAGAAGCAGAUGAUUGCGGGAGAGCUCGACCGGACGAUUCGAGAAAUCGAACGGAAAAUUUCGGAUAUGAGAACACGUGUGGCAUACUGA